AUGUCUUGGGACUCGAGAUCACGGCGCCGCCAGAACAGCACCGCUUCCUCCAGAUCUCUGCCCAGCCAUGCCCGCCAAAAGUCCAAGCAGGUCAGCCAGCCAAAAUCAGAUCAUGUCUCCGAUCCCUUCCUCCAGGACUUCCUGGCCUCCAACUUCGACCCCGCAGAGUACCUAAACGCCACUCUGCCGCCGCUUCAGACCAGCAGCAGCGCCCGCCCGGGCAGUCAGGCCUCAGCAGCAGCAGGCACGGCGGCCGCGGUCCCCCUGUCCGAGCUGUCGACGCAGGCCCAGACGAAUCUCACGCAGCUCAAUGCCCACACCACCCGCCUCACUGCCACCCUGACCCAGUUGACCGACGAGAUCCUGAGAAGCGGCAGCCGCCUCGCCUACGAGGUCGAGCUCCUGCGCGGCGAGACCCUGGGCCUCGCCGAGACCCUCACCGACGGGCUGCAGGACGAGGUCGCCCAGUUCGUGCCCGGUGGCAUCAGAGACGCCCCCGAAGUGGCGGCGCGGCAACGGCGAGCCUCCAUCGUCAGCCGGGCGCAGACCGACGCUGACGCAGCACCCCACGGGGCCGAGCCGAGCGAGGCAGCUCCCACGGCAGCGGCGGCACCGGAUGGCACUUCCGACCCAGAGUACAUUGCUCACCUGCGCACGCUGACAGUGGUCCGCUCGAGGCUGGACUCGGUCAUCAAGACCUUUGGCGACGCCAUGGAGUUCGUCUUCCCGCCCUCCGAGAUCUCCGUCAGCUCCUCGUUCCUAUCUGUCUCCGGCCCGGACCCCGGCCCGGAGAUGCACAGCACGGAGGAGAAAGGCCAACGGGUCCUCGCGAAGCUGCGGGAGGAGGUGGCGGCGCUGUUGUCCCCCAAGGCCGCAGCAGGCACGGCGGCGGACCCAAUCAAGGGAAUAGAGGAUGCGGCGCGCCGCAUUGAGGAGCUCAAGGAGCUGACCCGCGUGUGGAAGGGCACGGCCGAGGAGAAAGGACGGGCCAAGUUCAUUGAGAGUCUGGCCAAGAUGGUGGAGGACCGACAUCGCGAGCUGCUGAGGGAGGUGGAACAGCAACAAUCGAAAGCAAGUCGGAGCGGCAGCGACAGCCCGGCUGGUAGAAUGGGUGGUGCCGGCGCCAGUGAUUCUGGCGGUCCGGGUGACAGCAAGGGCUAUGUGGGUGGGUAUGGCUUGAUACAACAGUUGCAAAAGAUCAGGAGUGGGCUAUGA